GUUGUGCUGGUUCUAUAUUUUGUACUCGUGUUGGCUGUGGGCUUCUGGUCCAUGUGGAGGACGAAGCGCAGUACAGUGGAUGGAUACUUCCUAGCAGGGAAGAACAUGACCUGGUGGCCUGUGGGCGCUUCACUGUUUGCCAGUAAUAUCGGCAGUGGACAUUUCAUCGGUAUGGCAGGUUCAGGAGCUGCAGCAGGAAUUGCACCAGCUGCAUUUGAAUUCAAUGGCAUGUUGAUGGUAUUGAUUCUGGGUUGGCUCUUCCUGCCCAUCUACAUUGCUGCCGGGGUUACAACUAUGCCAGAAUAUCUGCAGAAGCGGUAUGGUGGGAGAAGAAUGCAGAUGUUUCUCACUGUGCUGUACUUAUUUAUUUACAUCUUCACAAAGAUAUCGGUGGACAUGUAUGCUGGUGCCUUGUUCAUUCAGAUGGCCUUACAGUGGGACAUCUACUUUGCUGUGAUUCUGCUGCUGGCAAUCACCGCUGUCUACACAGUUGCAGGUGGUCUGGCUGCAGUUAUCUACACAGAUGCUGCUCAGACUGUGAUCAUGCUGGUGGGAGCGUUCAUCCUCAUGGGCUUCAGUUUUGCUAAAGUCGGAGGCUGGGACGCUAUGAUGCAGCUUUACCCUGCUGCCAUCCCAUCUGUCCGUCCACAUAACUCCACUUGUGGUAUUCCACGACAUGAUGCUUUUCGUCUUUUUAGAGACCCCGUAAACUCUGACUUUCCUUGGCCUGGAACCAUCUUUGGAAUGACCAUCCCAAGCAUAUGGUAUUGGUGUUCUGAUCAGGUGAUCGUGCAGCGCUCCCUCGCUGCUAAAAAUCUGACUCACGCUAAAGGCGGCUCUCUGUUGGCUGCCUACCUGAAGCUUCUGCCUUUCUUCAUCAUACUGCUGCCUGGAAUGAUCAGCAGAAUUCUCUUCACAGAUGAGGUGGCGUGUGCAGACCCUGAGUUGUGCAGACAGAUUUGUGGUAACCCAGUAGGGUGCUCUGAUACGGCCUACAUCAGACUAGUUAUCGAGCUCCUGCCUGCAGGACUUCGGGGUCUGAUGAUGGCAGUGAUGCUUGCAGCCCUCAUGUCCUCUUUGACUUCCAUCUUCAACAGCGCCAGCACCAUUUUCACCAUGGACCUCUGGAAGAAUUUCAGGUCUCAGGCGACUGAGCGUGAGCUGAUGAUUGUGGGCAGGGUGUUUGUUCUGGUUUUGGUGGUCGUGUCUGUGCUGUGGAUUCCUGUUGUCCAGGCCAGUCAGGGGGGCCAGCUGUUCAUCUACAUUCAGUCCAUCAGCACCUACCUCCAGCCUCCUGUCACUGUCGUGUUCAUCAUGGGCUGCUUCUGGACAAGGACUAAUGAAAAGGGGGCGUUCUGGAGCCUGGCUACUGGUGUGUUGGUGGGCUGCAUCCGCAUGAUACUUGAUUUUAUCUACCCUGUCCCACUGUGUCAUGAAGAGGACAUCAGGCCUGGGGUGCUAAAAUAUGUCCACUAUCUCUACUUUUCUGUGCUGCUGGCUAUCAUCUCCCUCAUCGUGGUGGUUGUGGUCAGCCUGGCCACAGAGAAGCCCAAGCCAGAACAGAUUAGUCAGCUCACAUGGUUCACAAGGUUUGACCCUGUGAAAAAGCCAAAAGAGGAAAUUUUUACUCUGAAGAUUGGCACUAAGAGAUUUGUGGAGAUUACUCCUCAGACUGAUCACAUUACUGAGAGAAAUGAGCAAAGCGGCAAAGGGAGUGCCUGUCAUCAAACAAACGAGUCUGAAUCCAGUGAGUCCAGCAUUCACACCCAGUCCAGGAUCGUGACUGCCCUCUACUGGUUGUGUGGGAUGACACCACAGAAGGAAGGAGGAGCUAAACAUGUAACCCCUCCUACACGUGAAGCGGCUGUCAGAUCAUUGGAGGAGAAGCCUCAUCUAAGACUUAUUGUUAACCUGAACCUCAUCGUCUGUCUGUCUGCAGCUGCUUUCAUUAUCGGCUACUGGGCUUGAGAAGAGAUUCAUUAGUCUGAAGGGUGGGUGGUCUGAUUCUGAACGGGGUGACUGUGAACAGGUUCU